AUAUUAUUCCUGAUACAGAUAUCCAUGAUAGUCCAGGAAAUCAGGAGGAUUGUCUGGGUGCAUUGAAGAUCUCAACUAGUGACAAAAGGGAAGAAAGCUGAAAGUUCACCUGAACCCGUUUGGAGGGAUUCUCUUAUCAAGCUUAUGAGUAGUCAUAAAAGUUAGAACCAGGACACCCAGGUCCUAUCAAUGUGGUCAUUUUUCAGUAGAGACCCACUAAAAGAUUUCCCCUAUGAGCUCAUUGAUGAAGAAGUUAACCUUGAAGGCCAGAGUUUAUGGAGACUACAUCGAGGCAAGAAGAAGGGAAAUGGUACUCAGGUGAGCAUCUUCACUUAUGAUGUGAAGGGGAAUGGAGAAGUAUCUCUUGAAAUGGCUCGUGGUUGCAUCAAACGUCUCAAGACUAUCAGACACCCAAGCAUUCUCCCAUAUCUUGGAGACUGUGAGACUGAUAAAUGUAUAUAUUUGGCAACAGAAUAUGUUGUACCAUUAUCAAAAUACCUCAGUGACCUGUCCUUGACAGGCAAGAAGAGGGAACUUGCUAUCUCAUGGGGCCUGUAUCAGGUUCUGAUGGGUUUGGAGUUCAUUAAUGGAAACUGCAACAUGAGUCAUUUCAACAUUUGUCCUGCAUCUGUAUAUGUUAAUGUGGCUGGGGAAUGGAAACUUGGUGGACUGGAAUAUAUGGCCCAGUCAGGUGGCCAGCACAUCCCAACGAAGAUUCUCAGAUCUCUUGAUAGGUAUAAUCCUCCAGAGAAGAAUGCUGCAACAGCAUGGUCAACUGAUGCAUGGGGUAUGGGAUGCUUGAUCUGGGAAACCUUCAAUCACCCUUUCUCAAACAUCAGUGAGCUCAAGAAUACUGGCAAGAUUCCAAAAAACUUGGUCCCUCUGUACUGUGAGCUUGUUGGAGCAAAUCCAAGAUCCCGACCAAAAGCAGGGAAGGUCCUGGAGCGAGGGCGUUGCCCAGGAGGCUUUUUCUCCAAUCCCUUGGUUGACACCCUGCUUUUCCUGGAAUCCAUAACCAUCAAGGACAAUGCAGAGAAGACUGCCUUCUUUGCACAGCUGCCUCCCUUGCUGGAUUCUUUCCCAGAGAAUCUAUGCAAGGACAAAAUCCUCCCUCAUCUCAUUCAUGCAUUUGAGUUUGGGAAUGCUGGUGCCCCCGUGAUAUCCUCCAUGUUUAAGUUGGGAAAACUGUUGGGGGAGGCAGAGUACCAGGAAAAGAUGGUCCCGUGCAUCGUGAAGCUGUUCUCAUCAAAGGAUCGAACUACUCGACUACGACUCCUUCAACAGCUUGAGUCCUUUGUGGAGCAUCUCAAUGCUAAUGUAAUCAAUAAGGAAAUUUUCCCUCAACUUAUCAAUGGGUUCAUGGACACCAAUCCAACCAUAAGAGAGCACACUGUUCGAUCAAUCCUCUUCCUGGCUUCCAAACUCAAUUACCAUAAUCUGAAUGAAGAAGUCCUGAAACACUUUGCUCGGCUGCAGGCCAGAGAUGACCAGGGUGGGAUUCGGACCAACACAACAGUUUGCCUGGGGAAAAUUGCGUCUUACCUCCAUCCCCAGACAAGGCAAAAGGUGCUCAUCCCUGCUUUCACCAGAGCUAUGAAGGAUCCCUUCCCCUCUGCCAAAGCUGCAGGAUUGCUGGCUCUUGCGGCAACCCAGAGCUUCUACACGAUGCAUGAUGUGGCAUUGAAGAUCCUUCCUUCCUUGAUGCCUUUGACAAUGGAUGAAAACAAGCCAGUUAGGGAUGAAGCAUUCCGAACCAUCAAGGGAUUCUUGGCCAAGCUAGAGAAAAUCUCAGAAGAUCCAUCUCUUCAGGAGAGCCUUGAGGCUGAAGUGAAUGCUCAGCCGAGUGGGAACCAAGGAGUGGACACAUCAACCUGGGCAGGCUGGGCAGCAAAUGCUCUGGCAUUCCGUUUCAUCAAAAAGCCAUCACCGGCCAAGCCAGGGCCAGGCAAGGAUUCUGAGAACACAGAAGUAAGUAUGGAAGGGAACAUGAAGACCAUGAAGAGUCAGGAGGAUACAAGCAAUGAUAGAGUCAAGGAGGAGGCUGAAGGCUGGGAGACAGAAGAAGGCUGGGUUGACUUUGAUGACGGUGAUGGCGAGCUUCAACAGGCAGAGGAGAAAGAUAGAGGAGAGGAGAGGGAAAGAGAAAAAGAAAUGGAAAAAGAAAAGGGAAAAGGAAAAGAAAGUGAAGAAGUUGGUGGAACUGAUGGUGUAUGGGAGGAAUGGAAAGCAGAGGAUGAUCCAAAUGUGAAGCCAGCCAGUGCCUACAAUUGGCCUCAGUCAUCUACUGAUGACUUUUUCUCCCCUCCUCAGCAGGCUUCAACAAAGAGCUCCGAUGGCUGGGAUGAUGCUGAUGAUUGGGCCCCUCUUGAAACUGUGCCAACUGAGCAAGAGAAGAGAGCAGAGGCAGAAAGGCAAGCAGAGGAGAGAAGGCUUGCACGUCAGAAGCAGAUGGAGGCCCGAAGAGCAGCUAGGCAGUCAAAACCCAUGAAGCUUGGUGCUAAGAAGCUUAUGGAUUCCUGAUUUAUAAGGUGUGGUUGACACCCUCUGAAAAAUGACUUGCUAAAUCAAUGCAUUUGACCCUCUGCAUUUCCUUACCAGGCAUACCAGGAGCAACUGUCAAGGUCUGAUUCUGUGAUCCUCUGGAUGCCUUUUGACAAUGUUCUUGUAUCCUAUUAUGUUUUUUGCUUGCUUGCAUUGUUAUAUGUGGGGACCACCAAAGCAUGUAUAUGAUUCAUGCUCAUCAUGGAUAAAGUCACUCAUUGACAAAUAUCAACA